GAAAAAAAAAAUCGAAAAUUUUAUUUUGAAAUAAAGAGAAAUAUCUAGAGAAGAGAAAAUGUCGGCACCCGAUAAGGAAAAGGAGAAAGAGAAGGAGGAGGCCACCAACAAGGGCGAGGACUUGGGUCUGCUCGAGGAAGACGACGAGUUCGAAGAGUUUCCGGCUGAAGACUUCCGUGUCGGCGACGACGAGGAGGAGCUCAACGUGUGGGAGGACAACUGGGACGAUGAUAACGUGGAGGAUGACUUCAGCCAGCAGCUGAAGGCGCAUCUGGAGAGCAAGAAAAUGGAAACAUAGUCCAUCCAGCCAACCCUUUUCCCGCGUUCGUACCUAACCAUCAAAACGAGCAAAUCGGUUAAAUUUAGAAUAAAAUCAAUAUAUUAA